UUGUAAACACAUCUCAAACAUGAGUGGAAGAGGCAAAACCGGCGGUAAGGCCAGAGCAAAGGCCAAGACCCGUUCCUCCCGUGCCGGACUCCAGUUCCCUGUUGGCCGUGUCCACAGACAUCUGAGGAAGGGUAACUAUGCCCAGCGCGUCGGUGCCGGAGCUCCCGUCUACCUGGCGGCUGUGCUUGAGUACCUGACCGCUGAGAUCCUGGAGCUGGCUGGAAACGCUGCCCGCGACAACAAGAAGACCCGUAUCAUCCCCCGUCACCUUCAGCUGGCUGUCCGCAACGACGAGGAGCUCAACAAGCUGCUGGGAGGAGUGACCAUCGCUCAGGGCGGUGUGCUGCCCAACAUCCAGGCUGUGCUGCUGCCCAAGAAGACCGAGAAGGCUCCCAAGAAGUAAACGACCAAACCAUCUCAAUCUAACCAACGGCUCUUUUAAGAGCCACACUCACUUCCAACUAAAGAUACAACUCCCUAUGUAUAAUGUUAUGUACCUCAAAUAACUAAACUAAAGCUGGUGUUUACAUUAA